UUAGAAUUCUCUUUUACAGGAAAAAAAGUCAAACUACAGCUUCACCAUCUUCAUUGAAAUUAUAAACCAAAGAGUUUCCUCCUGCAAUCUGCCGUUAACCCCCUUCAGAUCUUUACACUUCAACCCAAAAAUGAGUUUCCUUUCUCUCAUUCAUGUUUACACAAUCUUAUUACUCACAUCAUGCUUUUCUUCGAUUCAAGCUCAGCAACCAUAUGUGGGAAAGGCCACAACAGACUGUAGCAACACAGAUAAUUCAACUUCUGUUCUUGGGUACUUCUGUAAUAGCCAAAAAAGUUGCCAAGCCUACCUCACCUUCAGAUCCCAACCUCCUUACAAUUCUGUUCCUUCCAUCUCUACUCUUUUGGCUUCUGACCCAUCACAGCUCUCUCAACUUAAUUCAGUUUCUGAGACUGAAACUUUUCCAACAAACACAUUGGUGCUUGUUCCAGUCAACUGUUCCUGUUCAGGUGGAUACUAUCAAAAAAACACAAAUUACUCUGUGAAGAGUGGUGAUGGUUAUUUUUUGAUUGCUAAUAACACCUAUCAAGGCCUUUCAACCUGUCAAGCUCUCCAGAAACAAAACAAUAUUGCCGCUACCAAUUUAAGUAUUGGUGAAAGACUCACUGUUCCUCUUAGAUGUGCUUGUCCUACAAAGAAUCAAAGUGAUGUGGGUGUCAAGUAUUUAUUAAGUUACUUAAUUCUUUUCGGUGAUGAGGUUUCAACAAUUAGUGGUCGAUUUAAUGUGACUCCACAGAGUACUCUUGAUGCUAAUGGUGCUAAUGGGCUUUCUUCCCAAAACCCACCACUUAUUUAUCCCUACACCACGCUUCUAGUUCCACUGCAAGUCCCCCCAACAAAUUCUCAAACAACUGCACCACCACCACCACCAGCAUCACCACCUCCUCCUCCUACUUCUUCCUCAAAUCAAGGCUCAAGUAAAACUUGGGUCUAUGUCCUUGUUGGAGUUCUUGGAGGAAGUGCUCUUUUGUUGGUCCUUGGUGCCAUAAUAUUCUAUGCAUUCUUCCGUAGAAAUAAGAAGAAACCUGACUCCAUUAUAGCCUCAGAUCGAUUCAAGGCGAUUGAGAAACCAAGAAAGGUUGAGGAUGAAUCUGAGGAUUUCUUAGAGAGCAUAUCUAGUAUUGCUCAAUCCCUCAAGGUGUACAAGUUUAAGGAGCUCCAGGAUGCAACAGAUAAUUUCAGUCCUAGUUGUUGGAUUAAAGGAUCUGUUUAUCGUGGCAUGAUUAAUGGGGAUUUGGCAGCCAUUAAGAGAAUAAAUGGAGAUGUGUCAAAAGAGAUAGAGUUAUUGAACAAGAUCAACCAUUCUAAUAUCAUACGCCUUUCUGGCGUAUGUUUUAAUGAAGGUCAAUGGUAUCUUGUUUAUGAAUAUGCUGUCAAUGGACCCUUGAAUGAUUGGAUCUAUAAUAGCAGCAAUGAUGGAAAGCUUUUGAGCUGGGCACAGAGAAUACAGAUUGUAUUGGAUGUAGCCAGUGGACUUAACUAUCUUCAUAGUUUCACUACUCCUCCCCACGUCCACAAGGAUAUAAGGAGCAGUAACAUUCUUCUGGACAGCGAUUUCAGGGCUAAGAUUGCAAAUUUUGGUCUGGCAAGGACAGCAGAAUGGCAGGAAGGUCAAUUUUCCUUGACAAGUCACAUUGUUGGGACAAGAGGUUACAUGGCUCCAGAGUAUUUGGAAAAUGGUAUUGUGUCCACAAAGCUUGAUGUCUAUGCAUUUGGGGUUCUCGUGCUGGAGAUAAUGACUGGGAAAGAGGUUGCUGCUUUGUAUGAAGAGGAAAAUAUGCAUUUAUCAGAUGUCAUAAAUGCUGUGCUUCAUGAGGAGGGUGGACAGGAGAGUUUGAGGCACUCUAUGGAUUCUUCACUACAAGGAAAUUAUCCUUCAGAACUUGCGGUUUUAAUGUUCAAACUGAUUGAUAGUUGCUUAAAGAAAGAUCCACCAGGCCGACCAGCCAUGGAUGAGAUUGUGCAGAUUGUCUCAAGAACCUUGAACACUUCACUGACCUGGGAAUCAUCUAAGAGCAUAUCGGGGUAGCAGAGUCUCAAUAGAAGCUCUGUCACAGAAACAGUAUCAUUCAUAUACUUAAUGUAUGUCAUAGAGAUUAUUCUUUCCCUAUUUAAUGUUAGGAUUAAUUUGAGGUACUAAAUUGAGAUUGUGUAAUUUUUUCUUUAUUUUCAUAUAAAACAAUUUUGAAUCUUGUACAAUA